GCUUGAGUUCUUUCUCUGUCCGCGUGCCCGUGCUCUCAAACACGCGCGCGCUCACAGUAGCAGCUGUAGUAUCAACGGGGCCUUCACAAAACACAUCAACUCCGCAAACAUGUCCGCCCCGGGUGCAGAAGGCUCUGGUUCUGCAGGGAUGUCUGGGAGUAACCGCAAACUGCAGCAUACACAGGCACAGGUGGAUGAGGUGGUGGACAUCAUGAGAGUGAACGUCGAUAAGGUCCUGGAACGAGACCAGAAGCUGUCUGAGCUGGAUGAUCGUGCCGAUGCCCUGCAGGCGGGAGCUUCCCAGUUUGAGACCAGCGCCGCUAAACUCAAGAGGAAGUACUGGUGGAAGAACUGCAAGAUGUGGGCCAUUUUGAUAGCCGUGGUUCUUGUCAUUAUUAUCGUCAUUAUCAUCUGGACGCAGUCAUAAAGACAGAAAUCUGGUUAUGAUUGGAAGAAAAGAUCAGGAUAUGAAGUAGCAUCGACUUCAGAAGAAAGAGAGAGAUAUAACGAACGAAUGAAUGAAUGCUCUUCCAAUA